AUGGCUCCCUCUGCAUUGGAACGUGAGGACAAGGCGCGUGACGCUGCCUUCAACAAGGCUCUCCACGGAAAGUCUGCUAAGGCGCAAGGUGGUCUUGCUGCCAUGCGCGGAAAGGACGCCGCUGCCCAGAAGGCUGCUGUCGACGAGUACUUCAAGCACUGGGACAACCAGGCCGCCGCCGACGAGACCCCUGAGAUCCGUGAGGCUCGCAAGGCUGAAUACGCCACCCUUACCCGACACUACUACAACCUGGCUACCGAUUUCUACGAGUACGGAUGGGGCUCCUCCUUCCACUUCUGCCGUUUCGCCUACGGUGAGCCUUUCCACCAGGCCAUUGCCCGCCACGAGCACUACCUCGCCCACAUGGCUGGUAUCACCGAGGACAUGAAGGUUCUGGAUGUCGGCUGCGGUGUCGGUGGUCCCGCUCGCGAGAUGGUCAAGUUCACUGGUGCUCACGUCACUGGUCUGAACAACAACGACUACCAGAUCGACCGCGCCACCCACUACGCCCACAAGCAGGGUCUCUCCGACAAGAUGGCCUUCGUCAAGGGCGACUUCAUGCAGAUGAACUUCCCCGACAACAGCUUCGACGCUGUCUACGCCAUUGAGGCCACCGUCCACGCCCCCGAGCUCGUCGGUGUCUACAGCGAGAUCUUCCGUGUCCUCAAGCCCGGCGGUACCUUCGCCGUCUACGAGUGGCUCAUGACCGACGAGUACAACAACGACGAUGCCGAGCACCGUCGCAUUCGUCUCGGUAUCGAGCAGGGUGAUGGUAUCUCCAACAUGGUCCGCAUCUCUGAGGGUGUCGAGGCUAUGAAGAACGCUGGCUUCGAGAUGAAGCACCACGAGGAUCUGGCUGCUCGCCCCGACCCCAUUCCUUGGUACUACCCGCUGGCGGGCUCCUUCAAGCACAUGGGCUCCGCUUGGGACUUCUUCACCAUUGCCCGCAUGACCUGGUGGGGACGUGGUAUUGCCCACCGCUUCGUCGGUGCUGGUGAGAAGAUUGGUAUCUUCCCCAAGGGUUCCCAGAAGACCGCCGACAGCUUGGCCCUUGCCGCUGACUGCCUGGUUGAGGGCGCUCAGAAGAACCUCUUCACCCCCAUGUACCUCAUGGUCGGCAAGAAGCCCGAGUAA